GGAGAUCUUCCACGACGAGGACCUGGCCUCAAUGGGCUUGGAUGACUCCAUUGAGAAAACGAAUCCCGGGAAGGCAGUAUGGCUGAUUGUCUGUGCAGUGUCUAUGGGUGGCUUUCUAUUCGGUUAUGACACCGGGGUCAUUUCUGCCGUACUUGUCAAUCUGGGGUCGGACCUGGGGAAGCCACUCAGCUCCAGUGAACAAGAAUUGGUUACCUCCAUCACCUCCGGAGGCGCUCUGAUAGGCUCAGUAGCGGCGGGCAUGACAGCCGACAAAUACGGCCGCAAACUUGCCAUUUACGUAGGCUGUAUCAUCUUCUUCAUAGGGAGCAUAAUUCAAGCAGCCGCAUACUCGCUCCCCCAGAUGACCGUUGGCCGCCUCGUUGUGGGCUUCGGCGUCGGCGAGGCCGCGAUGAUUGUCCCAUUGUACAUUGGAGAAAUGGCCCCGUCACGGUUUCGUGGCCGCCUCAUAGUCUUUGACAAUAUAUGUGUCACGUUCGGUCAGCUUGUCUCAUACGCACUCGGCGCCGCAUUGACGAAUGUGGCUUCUGGAUGGAGAUACAUGGUGGGCCUUGGCGCAGUACCUGCUCUAUUGCUCAUUGCGUUGAUGCCAUUCUGCCCUGAGACACCUCGCCAGUUGGUCCUACAUGGUCGAAUGGAAGAGGCUAGGCGUGUGAUUGCAAAGAUAUUUCCACGAGCCACUGACCAGCAGGUCGAUGCGAAAGCGAGACUAAUUCGACAUUCAGUUGAGGAAGCUACUGCGUCGAUAUCUAAUAAGAGCCUUGUAUGGCAGAUGAGGCAGCUGUUUACCGUUGGGCAGAAUGUGCGAGCCCUCAUAACCGCUUGUGCCGUUAUGGCGGUUUCCCAGCUAGGAGGCUUCAAUACGCUUAUGUACUACUCCGCCACUCUAUUCUCGAUGGUUGGGUUUGACCAGCCCACGGUGGUGUCAAUAGUGGUUGGAGCCACCAACUUUAUAUUUGGGUUCCCAAACUUCUUCUUCAUUGACCGCUUCGGUCGACGACAUAUGCUCCUAGUUACUAUCCUUGGAAUGUGCCUAUCUUUGGUUGUUGCCUCCGUAGCCUUCCACUGGAUUCCAGUGAACCAUGACCUCACGGCCGUCGAGACGCGCGAGAUGGGCUGGCCUAAUAUCUUGCUUCUUGUGUCUCUCAUCGUGUAUAUUGCCUUCUACGCGGCAGGUGUGGCCCCGAUCUCCUGGGUAGGGACGGAGUUUCUACCUCUCGAAGUUCGUGCAUUGGGGACGAUGAUGAACAGUGUAACCUGCUGGGGCUGCAACAUCAUUAUAUCGUCAACCUUUCUGUCCAUGAUGAAGGGAAUGACCCCGAGUGGAGCCUUUGGUUUCUAUGCUGGAAUUUGCUUUCUUGGAUUUGUCUUUGCGAUUUUCUGCUAUGCAGAGGUCCAUAACAUGCCCCUCGAGUCGGUCCGUGAGAUUUAUAACCAUGGAUUUGGAGUCAAGUAUGCACGGCAGGUGCAGAAGGAGCUUCAUGAGGCUAGAGAUUCCGAGGGGAGCACGGCGUGAUGCACCGAAGCGUCCGUCCUACUAUACCACGCCUGAGCAACCAGCUGACGGCUUGCCCAUACGUUGAAUCGCUUUGUGAGGGCUUACAAUUCAAAUGGCCAUUUAGAGUUUUAGAUGUCUAGAGAGAUCCGCUGGGGUUAGACACUUGCUGGAUGCAGGGAUUCCGGGUCAUUGCUUUUACUUCGUAUAUAGAUGUAGCAUAGAUCAAAUGCAAUGCAGUUCUCCGAGAUGAAAAUCCCUGCCCGAGCCUAUGGCGCUGCACAGGACAAGAAUAAGCUAUAC